AUGGCAAAGCAUCAUCCUGAUCUCAUCAUGUGCAGAAAGCAGCCUGGCAUUGCUAUUGGUCGUUUGUGUGAGAAAUGUGAUGGCAAGUGUGUCAUAUGUGACUCCUAUGUGCGCCCAUGUACACUUGUCCGAGUCUGUGAUGAGUGCAACUAUGGCUCAUUCCAGGGCAGGUGUGUCAUCUGUGGAGGGGUCGGCAUCUCAGAUGCCUACUACUGCAAGGAGUGCACUCAGCAAGAGAAGGACCGAGAUGGAUGUCCCAAGAUUGUCAAUCUUGGAAGUGCCAAAACCGAUCUCUUCUAUGAACGGAAGAAGUAUGGUUUUAAGAAAAGAUGA